GGUGUUUCAUGUACUCAAAGUUAUUAUUCCUUACUAUUGCCGUCAUUAUGAAUGACAUUUAGCUACUUUAUAUUUUCCCUUCUUCGAAGUCUGGAAAGCACCUUCGAUAUGUUAUGCGCGGAGUUCUCGUUCGCUAUGAGAACAUCUAAACUACGACAAAAAAUUCAAAUGCAAAGCUCUGCUUUUUCUAAACAGUCUUCCGAGAUAUGGGCUGGGUCAACCAGGGCAACCUCACUUCGUUCUCUGUAUCAAGCUUCCGCAAUGGAUUUUACCUUCCCUGUGAAAAAGGAAAACAUGGCAUCGGGCGGAAAACGUGGACAGGUGGAGGUGGCGAAGGCGUCACGGAACGGAGAAUUCCAGUGUGAGCGUUCGUUGUUGGGGUAGGAGCUAGUAUAGGAAGAUCACAGUGUGCACCCCCCUAAAAGGGGCGACCUGCCGUUUUUGCAUUUGAGGUAUCUUCGGAGUUAGCAUCUCAAAAGAUACCCCUCUCCCCUCUUCAAAAAAAAAAAAAAAGAAA